UCCUUAAACUUCUGCGGUAGUUAAACUUUUUUUUGCUUUCUUUCUUCAAAUGAAAAAUAAUAAAAUAGGCAAAACUAACUUCACCUCCUUCGUCUUCUUCACAAGGUCGGCGGCGAUCGGAGGAAAGAGGUAGCUGUAACUCCAGAUCUUGAUCACCUCGUGGUCCAAGAGGAAGCUAGCCUAAAUAGAAGACAUUUAGGACGCUCAAACUUCUCACAAGCCCCAUCACUCUUACUCGUUGAAGAUUCCUUCAGCAUAGCUUUAUAAGACCAAAAGGCUCUGUAUCAGUGAGUACCGUUAUCCCAACCUAUCACAUGUAUCAGUUGUGUAUUCCUUUAGUUUAGUUGCUGCCUUUUAUAUCUUGCUAUUAUUUCUGGAAGAGCGGAAGUGCUUCAGCAUUUUGUGAAUCAGAAUAGGUUGGGAUAUGCAAGGAACUGGUCGAUGAUGUCGGACCUAGUUGACUACUUUUUAUUUGACUUCCUCUCCUGAAAAUAGUUGUCUAACAUGUAUUCCCCUAUUAGCUCUAUUAAUGGGCAAAAAGAUGUAAGAGUUCAAGGGCAAAGCUCUGAUUUGGCAAACAGGCAAAAUUUUGGGAUGAGUUCUUUACCGAAGAUUUUGAAGGGAAAUGACACCAUCAAUGACUCUCAGGAUCCUGAAGUUAUGGAACUGUAUUCACGUGCGAAAGCACAACAAGAAGAAAUCCUAUAUCUUCGGGAACAGAUUGCUCUUGCCAGUAUUCGGGAAUCACAGCUCUUGAAUGAGAAAUAUGGACUUGAGAAGAAAUUUUCUGAACUACGCAUGGCACUAGAUGAGAAGCAGAACGAAGCAAUAAUAUCCGCCUCAAAUGAACUGACUCGGAGGAAAGGUGAUCUUGAAGAAAACUUAAGAUUGGUGAAUGAGUUAAAGGAUACGGAGGAUGACAAAUAUAUUUUUAUGUCAUCCAUGAUUGGAUUAUUGGCUGAAUAUGGUGUCUUUCCUCGUGUGGCCAGUGCCUCUAAUCUGACCAACAAUGUGAAGUCCUUGAGGUAUAUAAUAAUCUCUGAGGAGUUAAAAGGUCCGCACUUGCACGAUCAACUGGAGAUGAAGAUCAGAACUUCACAUGCAAAAAUUGCACAAUUAAAUUCCAUGGUGACUAAUCAUGCUAGAGGUGGAUCUUUUGAUAUGGAGUCACCUCAUUCUAGUUCCAUAAACAAUCAACUUCCAAGUGGUUCUAUGGGUAUGAAUGAAUAUCCAGCCUUUAAACAGUACAUUGAUGGACAACAUAAUGAAGCAGCUGCAACUGGAUCAGGAGAUGUGCAAGCCAGUAAACAUUUGCCAGCUGAAAGCUUGCUGUUCAAUCGUGAGAUGCAUCAGCAAGCAAAUAUAGGGAGUCAUUUGGAAAUCUCAUCUAAUACUGAAAGGGAUGUUUCAGGUCCCGCUAAAGAUAACUUGUUUGCUAUAAAUGGGGUGAAUGAGAGAUUUGAAGAGAGCAACAAUGAAAACCGUCAUAAUCCUCCUACAGUGGGAAAUGAUAUUGGUGGUUCUUUUAGUUCAGAAGGGGAAAGUCCUGGAAUAGAAGUAUUUCAAAUAAUCGGAGAAGCUAAACCAGGAUGUAAACUUUUGGGUUGUGGGUUUCCUGUACGUGGAACUUCUCUUUGCAUGUUCCAGUGGGUCCGUCAUUAUCCUGAUGGUACAAGGCAGUAUAUUGAGGGUGCCACAAAUCCUGAAUAUGUAGUUACUGCUGAUGAUAUUGAUAAGCUUAUAGCUGUCGAAUGCAUACCAAUGGAUGAUCAGGGACAUCAGGGGGAGCUUGUCAGGCUUUUUGCCAAUGAUCAAAACAAUAUAACAUGUGACCCAGACAUGCAGUCAGAGAUAGAUACCCAUAUUUCUGAAGGCCAGGCCACAUUUAAUGUUCUAAUGCUUGUCGACUCUUCUGAGAACUGGGAACCAGUGACUAUAUUUUUGCUGCGAUCAAGCUUCCAAGUAAAGGUUCAUAGAACACAAGCUGUUGUUAUAGUGGAAAAUUUUUCCAAAGAAUUGUCGAUCAAAAUUCCAAGUGGGCUAUCAACACAGUUUGUUAUCACAUGUUCUGAUGGGUCUUCACAUCCCUUCAGUACAAAUAACGAUAUAAGAAUGCGUGACUCUCUUGUGCUGACGAUGAGAAUUUUCCAGAGCAAGGUAUUGUUUUCCUUACGAUAUUCUGAAAUAUGAGGCAUUGGAUGAGAAGAGAAAGGGAAAAAUAUAAAUAUAAACCUUUACUUUCGCUAUAGGUGCAUUAUUUAUGGCCAUUGACAUUCUCUUUAGUACGAACCAAUAAAAAAGUUAACAAUAAGCAGCAAGUUUUUGAGCAACUAGGAAGAAAGAUACUCUGUUUUUUUUUCCUUUCUAAAUUUUGUAGUUGUAAACUUGUAACUCUAUACGGUGCUUAUCUUUGCACAAUGUGUUGUAUCAUUGUAUUAUAUUUGCCCCUUUGUCGUGAAUUGUAUCCGUUGUUGUACUUGUGAGAAAUCAAAAUCAGUGGCUGGUUGAUUUUAUUAAUUAAUUAAAUCAAUCAUAUCAAAAUCAAUAGUUGUGC